AUGAUUGACACCGGUAGCGGGGGGGCCCUGGGGCGGGGAGGGGGGGGGGGGGGGGGGGGGGGGGGGGGGCGGGGGGGGGGGGGGGGGGGUGGCUGGGGGGGGGGGGGGGGGGGGGGGGGUGGGGAGGCCUUCGCUGCUGGCGGCAUCCUGCAUCCACUGAAGUGUUUGUGUGCAGCCGUCUAUCGUUCACCCAAGCGGGUUGGCUGUGGAAUCAAGUGGCACCUCAGCGCACUUAACAGCAGUGGCGCUUUCCUCUUUGCAGAUCCAACACGUGGUUUCCUUUGCAUCUCCGACGAAGCCCAGAGUUCCACAGCGCUUCCCGCGACCUGA